AUGCGUGUCUCCGGUGCUAUAUAUAGGAGGAGGUUCGCGUCUCGGAGCCUUUACUCGACCGCCGACAGCCGAACACGAAGCACGCACUACGAGAUCAAUUUCCUAUCACGAUCUUUAGCGAAUUCGCAGGUAAUGUGGUCUGUGCACGGAGCGACGCUGUCUUUCCUCCUGGUCUCCGUCGCCCUCGUUGCUGCUGACGACAGGUUCACAUGCUGCAUGGGCGGCUGGAAAGUCAUGAGGGGCGUGACCCUGUGCCCCGCCCCUUGCUGCCAGGGGUACGAAGAGCGAACCCUGAAGAUGCCGCUCCUGAGGUCGCCGACGGUGUGCCACAAGCUGACGGAGGAGGAGCUGCGAAGGAGAGAGGAGGAGAGGGUCACCACGGAGGCACCCGAGGCGGAGGUCAUGGAGGAUGAGCCGAGACGCAUCAUCCGAGCCUCUUCCGAAUACGAGGACUUCCUCUACCGCCACCGCCUCUUCUUCCUCAACCUCAUGAACGAAGGCUACUCGCGCAAGGAACUCAUCUCCAACCUCGAGCAGUUCCUGAACCAGAUUUCGUCGUCCCUGUACCGUCACCAAUGGUACCGUGGCUAAAUGCACCUCCACUGCCCGCCCACGAAAGCUGUGGAUCCCAAUACUUAACGUCUGGCAUACCUACGUUACCCCGACACCGCUCGGGAUGCCUUCGUCUUGUUUCUCGUCCUGCUUAAUUCCUUAUUAUUUUCUCCCCGUGCAUUUGUUUCUCGCCAAGCGCACCCUUUGGCCUCAACUUGUCUAUACUGUAGUUUCAAAGUAGAUGGAGUAGAAAGUGAUAACUUUUCGAGAGUUUCUUAUCUACACUAAUUAUUUCACGUUCCCUUUUCUUCGUUUUUUUUUAAAUCUGAUUUUCUGGCCGUGGGCAUUUCUGUUUCUUCUCCUUCUUCUUUUCUUUACGAAUAUAUUUGUUCACUUGAUUUUUCUCUUUGCUUUUGAUUUCCUUAUUCCCCUUUUCUCAGUUUUAUUUGUUGGCUUUAUGUUUCUCUUCGCUUACAGUGCCGUUAGCCGGACUCUAACCCUGAUCCCGCUGAACGCUCACUACCAUUUAAUCAAAGGAGCACAAAGUCUGACCAAGAUGGAAUAUACAUACAUAUAUAUGUAUAUGUGUGUGUAUAUGUAUGUACAUA